AAUUAUUCAAAUUUGCUAACCAUUUUUCAGCUAACCAUGGAUAUGGAGAUUUCACAUGAAACAAACAACAAAGAAAACCAAGAUUCAUCAAACAUGGGACAACCCCAUGAAUCUUUGUACCUUGUAUUAGCUUAUCUUCCCCUUUUUGAGCUUCUUGCCAUGACACAAGUAUGUAGAUCCUUCAAAGAUGCUUUGAACAACGAUAUAUUGCCAUGGCUAAACAUUGUAGUGGAUGAGAACGUGCAAAAAUCCCGAGUGUCUAAUGAGAUUCUGAUGAAGAUUACUUCAAAGGCAAUGGGUAGGCUUAAAAGUUUGAUUCUUAUUAACUGUGUCAAGAUUACUGAUGAUGGCCUUCAAAACGUUGUAACCAAUAACCCCGGUAUUGACAAGCUACAUGUACCUCAAUGCACGAGCUUAACCCCAGAAGGAAUUAUCAGAGCAGUGACAACGUUAAGUCAACAUAACACUACCUUAAAAACCCUAAUGAUAAACGGUAUAUCAAAAGUCACCAAAGAACACCUUCAAACACUACAUUCGUUGCUAAGAUCCGACAAUUAUUCUUCCAUAGACGUGGAAAUUUGUCCAAAAUGUGAUGAAGUAAGAAUGGUACAUGACUGUCCUUUGGAAACAUGCGAGAGAAAGAGGACAACGGGCAGUUGUCGAGGGUGUAAGUUUUGUGUUUUGAGGUGUGAAGAGUGCAGAAAAUGCGUCGGGGUUGAUGAUGAAGAGAGUGAGGCGGCAUGUGAAGAUAUGUUGUGUGAAGAUUGUUGGAUUCAUCUACCAAAAUGUUGUUAUUGUAACAAGCCUUAUUGUACAAAGCAUACUCACAAGCAAUGUGUUAUUCCAGGGUCCUCUGGUUUUGUAUGUGAGGCUUGUUACUCAAAGAUUGACUAAUAGUAGAUAGCACAUAAUUGUACUUGCACACUACUUUUUACAGUUACAUGUUUCAUAGUUUUAAACAACUUUAGAAUGUACAACACACAUUUAUGGUUA